AUGUGGAGUAUCAAAGGUCCUUACGAAUUUGUGGACCUAGAUAAUGACUUCUACCUAGUAAGACUUUGGGACGAGCAAGACUAUAAGCACAUAUUGGAGGAAGGACCCUGGAUAGUGGCGGACCACUAUGUUACCGUGCAGAAAUGGCGACCUAUGUUCAACCCCCAUGAUGACAGUAUGAGGAAGCUGGUUAUUUGGAUUCGCAUCCCAGGUUUUCCCCUUGAGUUCUAUAAAUCUAAGCAUCUUAGAAAUAUAGGCAAUUCAUUCGGCAGAACUAUAAAAAUUGACAGAAACUCUAUCAGACUAGGAGAGUCUGGUGUGGAUGAGUUCACAAAGAAGGAUAAAUUUGCUAGGAUGGACUUUGAAUCACACAACAGCAGUGGAGAGAAUAUGAUGGAUCACGAGGUUGAUGUUCAAGAUGCAAAUGUUGAGGGUGAUAAUACGGCUGGGUCAACAGGCACAAAGGCGCCAACAAAGAAACCGAGAAAGUUAGUAUCCAAGGUUUGGCAACACUUCGAGCGCAUUCCAAUAAAUAAGGAUGGAUGUAAAAUUCAAGCCAAAUGUAAGUAUUGUGAUCAAUUAUACAUGGCUGAUAGUAAAUAUGGCACUGGUAAUUUAAAGCGACAUUUGGAUGGAUGUGUGAGAAGAGAUACUAGGGAUGUUGGGCAGAUGAUGCUUUCAACUCAAAAUAGCUCCUUCAGUUUAGAGCCUAAAUUUGACCAUGAGAAAUUUAGGGAGUUAUUGAUAGCUGCCAUUAUUAUGCAUGAUUUGCCAUUUCAAUUUACUGAAUGGCAAGGCAUUAGAGCUCUUCUUCUAUAUUUGCGUGCGAAUUUGAAUAUUAUAACUAGAAACACAGUGAAGGCCGAUUGUGUUAAGUUGCAUAAAAGGGAGAAAGAUAGAUGCUUGAAUAUGUUAAAGGAGAAUAUCAGUAGAGUUAGUUUAACAUCUGAUUUAUGGACUUCUUUAAACACUGAUGGAUUUAUAUGUUUGACUGCACAUUUUGUUGACAAGAGUUGGCAUCUGCAUAAAAGAGUUCUAAAUUUUGGGUUUAUGCCACCUCCACAUACUGGAAUCUCAUUGGCUGAAAAAAUUCACACCUUUUUGAAGGAUUGGGGGUUAGAUGGGAAAUUUUUUUCAAUUACAUUGGAUAAUGCUUCUGCAAAUGAUGUUUGUGUUCAAUUUUUGAGAGAUCAACUGUUGAUUGGAGGUGGACUUUUAUGCAAUGGUGAGUUUUUUCAUGUGAGAUGUUGUGCUCACAUAUUAAAUUUGAUAGUUCAAGAAGGAUUGAAAGAGGUUGAUGCAUCUAUUGUGAAAGUUAGGGAAAGUGUUAAGUAUGUGAAGGGGUCACAAGCAAGGAAACAAAAUUUUUUGCAGUGUGUUGCUCAAAGUUCUCUUGCAUCUAGAAGAGGUUGUAGGCAAGAUGUUCCAACAAGAUGGAAUUCUACUUUUCUUAUGCUUGAUAGUGCACUCUUCUAUAAACGUGCCUUCAUGCACCUUGAGUUAAGUGAUUCCAACUACAAAUAUUGUCCAUCUAGAGAUGAAUGGGAUAGGAUAGAAAAGAUCAAUGAGUUCUUGCAUGUAUUUUAUGAUAUUACUUGCGUCUUCUCUAAAACCAAGCAUCCAACUGCAAAUCUUUACUUUCCUUAUGUUUUUACUGCACAUCUGACGUUACAAAAAGGAUUGAAAAGUGAUGAUGCUUAUAUUGUGAAUAUGGCUGAAAAGAUGUUCACUAAAUUUGACAAAUAUUGGUCUGAAUUUAGUAUGAUUUUAGCCAUAGCUGUCAUUUUGGAUCCUAGAUAUAAGAUGAGUUUUGUUGAAUGGUGCUACAAUAAGUUGUAUGGUGAUGAUGGGGUGAACGAAUCCACAAAGGUGAAAGACAAAUUGGUUUCCUUGUUUAAUGAGUAUGCAAAUGAUGGAAUCAGAAACUAUUCAUCUAUUUCUUCAACAAGGAGGGCUACAGAUGGUGGGAGUGAGACAAUUGAUGAAACCUCAAUUUCUACUACAUCUAGAGAUGUUUUGAGUGAAUUUGAUACUUUUCAUGAAGUGGUUGUGCCACAAAAGACUCAGCUUGAAUUAUAUUUAGAGGAUCCAAGGAUUGACAGAAGAAAUAUUAGCUUGGAUGUGUUAUCAUAUUGGAAGGCUAAUCAAUUUAGGUAUCCAGAAGUUGCUGCAAUGGCAAGAGAUAUUUUUGGGAUACCUAUUUCUAGUGUUGCUUCGGAAAGUGCUUUUAGUGUUGGAGGAAGAGUACUUGAUCAAUACCGAAGUUCACUCAAACCUGACAUAGUUGAAGCAUUGAUUUGCACUAGAGAUUGGUUAUAUGGAAAGCAAGAGCAAACAACAAUAGCUUUGGAAGAAUUGACAGAAGAUAUCAUGGACAUGAAUCUACAUUCAAUAGCUGAUCAUGGCGCUCAAAAUUACUCAGUUGCUUAA